CCUCCACCUCCGUCUUCGUAGUAAUCCUCCUUACUUCUCAUUUCUUCUUCUUCACCCAUUCUCAUUGAUCCCCGUCCAUCCUCAUCCAUCCUCAUCCAUCCUCCUUUGACACCGCAGCAAUGUAUCCGCAGCACGGGCAUCCCUAUGCCCAGUCGCAACAAGGUCCCCCACCGCCGUAUGGCUGGACUGGUUACCCGCAGGUCCCUGUCAGCACGCCUGGUCAACAGGGCCUACCGUCACCUACUCAUCCCCCGCACCAGCACCAGCAUCCACACCAGCAUCAGUACCAACAUCAGUACCAGUAUCAGCACCAGCAGCAACACCCAUACCAUCCAUACUUCCAACCUCAUGCCCAUCCUCACACCCCUACCUCUCCCUCACCUUCGCCAGAGCCCUCGCAAUCAGCCUCAGGCACAUAUCCUACUCUCUAUCACCAUCAGCAGCAUCAUCAUCAUCAACAGCAGCAGCAGCAUCCCUCGCCAACAAAUUCUACUUACUAUUCGCUUCAUUCGCCAUUGAUCCCGACUGCCUCUGUAUCGACGGGCCCUGCAUCAAUUGCUCCUGCAUCGUCUCCUGUUGCCGGCUCUUCUGCUGCAGUUGCAGCUCCGCCACCACAGUACAAGGCUGAGAUGACAGAGAGCCAGAUUCAGUACUGGAAGCAGCAACAGCAACAGCAGUUACAGCAACAACAGAACAUCAAAGUCGAAAUGCCCUCCUUGACUAUACAGCCUAAAAAUUCCCCUCCAUCGCCCUUGCCCCUAUCCUCGCCUUCAUCUUCGACCCCGGCCGCGUCCUACCACUCGACUCUACAGCAACAACCCUCUCAGACGUCGAUCUCAAGCCAUGCGCCAGCACAGGCUCACGCACAGCCACCACAAGCACAUUCACAGCAGCCCAUUCGAGAUGUGCAUGCAGAGAUACAGCUCGAGUUGCACCGGCAAAGUCAAUUACAGGCCUUGCAUGAACACAGCCGCCAGAGCAAUACCUUCCAAGGUAUUGCGCCCUCACCCCAGCCAUCUUGGAACCAGAACUCGACGACGAAUGGGCCGAGCCCGAGUUCUGCGCCUGCGCCGCUGUCGCAAACUGCAGGAUUGCCUCUCCAUCCAACUCCGGUCGAGCUACAGUCCGCCCUGACGGACAACACCUCAAUUCCUCCCUACGGCCAAGAAUCAUCCCUAACAACGCUCGAUCCUGCACCUGCAGCGAUGACAGGUGUCAAUGCUAAGAUCUCGCGCCCAUAUAGUUCAUCUCACGGUCGGUCUCAGGAGCAUCCAUCGCAAACAUAUCCAUCCUCCAUUGAUGAGCAGUCCUCCUUGACAGAGCUUGACGCGACCACCGCCAGACCGCUUUCAGGUGAAGGACCAGUUACAUGGUCACAUUCUGGGUCAGGAGCAGGAAUAGGAUCGAGCGCGAUGUUUGGAGGGCAGCCGCAUCAACAGCAGUAUCAGAGCUAUCCCUCCGCCAUCGAGGAGCAAUCGUCCUUGACAGAGAUCGAUAACUUGCCCUUCCCGCUGGAAGCCCAAUCCUCGCUCACCGAAGUCGAUGAUCAGCCGUAUGCGCUGGAGGAGCAAUCUGCCUUGACAGAACUGGAUAAUCUGCCUCACCCGCUGGAGGAGCAAUCAGCAUUGACAACAGUAGAUGAUCUACCCUAUAGCUUGGAGGAACAAUCGGCCUUGACCGAGGUUGGCAGUCUUCCGCAUCCACUGUCAGAACAAUCCUCAUUAACGGUGCUUGAUGAGCCGAUAGCAUCGUCCUCACAGCAAAGAGACGCCGGUAUUAUAAAAGGCUUUGGACCCAAAGAUAAGGCGACACUACCUUCCACAGCAACAACAUCCACCGCCUCAACAACAGCUAUAGUAACGGCGUUCUCCUCAACAAGCGCUAAUGCGAGCACGGCUCCAUCUCCAGAGUCGCCCUCCGCUGCCUCACCUGCUAUGAAAGCGUUGGCCGAUGUCACAGCAAUGUCGUUUUCAAUGAGCAACUGGACCAUACCUUCAGAUUUUCCAGCGUCGUCGGUGUCAGAAGAAAACAACGAUCGAGAAACGGCCGAUGAGACUUAUCCUACUGCGACACGCCACGCGCGAUCUCCCGCAACUAUGAUUAUCGAUACCGCCGUGAUUAAGGACGAGGAUUCAUACAUAGCGACAACAGAUGACACCGGUAUUUUGAUACCUUUGACCCCAGCAGCCACUAGCGACCCUUCUUCUCGCAACUCGCCAUUGUCCACCCUUAAUUCGUUCUCUAGCCGAACAAGGGGCCCUGCAGGCUCAACCCCACCCAUUCCAGCACCCAAACCAGUAGCUCUAAUGACCAGCAAAACCAACCAUCCUCAGUCUGGAUCCUCAGGCGCGAGAUUGACUAUAUCGGAUGAAAUUCAUCUGGAUGCGGUCCUUCCUUGGAGUCCGUUAUCUGCAAAGGGAAAUGUCUUGAUCCCAUUACAGAACGAGCCAGAGCUCGAAAGCGAUGCUUUGAGGAGUGAAGAUGAAAUAACUGGCCUUGGUGGCGAAGGCGAUCACGACGACGACGACGAGGACGAGGAUGAGGACGAGGAUGAGGACGAUAUGAGCGCCUUCAUUCGAGAGAUCCAAUCUACUAUGCCUCUAUCCGGACCCGACUCUGGCGGCAGCUCGAUCACAGGGUCAAACAAGGACAAGACGCUGGAGCGCGUCAAGGGAUCUGACGGCAAUGGCAGCACAACGAGUCAGCUUGGAAAGGAUGCGCCAAAGGCGCUAGAACAGAUGGUCCCCGAGACAAAUUCGAGUGCUGUGGAACAGGAUCUACCAACUCAUGCAAGCAGUAUCCCGGAUCAGCCAAACAAUCUGCCGAACGGUGAACUUCAGCAGCUGGAGGCGAUACAGUUUGAGUGGACGUUUUCGGAGGCAGAGCAGGCAUUAUACGAAAAGAUUUUCGGGCUUUGGGAGCGUCCUGGAGAGGAAUGUGUGUCCUAUGACAUCGCAGGAAAGGUCUUUAUGACUCUCGGCCUUUCGGAUCAAGACCUGCAUAGAGUCUGGCAGCUGCUGAAUCCGGAGGAAAAGUCGGCGCUUACGCGCACACAGUUCAUCGCAGGCCUUCAUCUAGUGAACUGCAAGCUUGUGGGCUACGAACUCCCUGCCGAUCUCCCAGACGAGCUUAUGAUGUCCGCAGCAGCGGUCGGUCGGGUCGUUCCCCCGGCUCGUCCCGUCCAAGGACCAUCUACUCUUCCCUCUGAUUAUGUGGAGCCUGUCGCGUCGUCAGGAUCGGACUUCAUGCAUGCUUAUAACGUAUCUUUGACUGACUAUAAUGUGGAAGAUUCUCCAGCCAUACCGGCUCAAGUGGAACCAAGACCUACAGAACCCGAUACCUAUGCGCCCUAUCCGCACCAACACCAUCACUAUCAAUACGAACAGCAGCAGCAGCAGCAGCAAGAGUGGGCUACCCCAAUUCCAGUCUUCACUCCCACUCCAGUCCAUGGCCAGUUUAUGCCUCAGUACCCGCCUAGCCAACAUGCAGUCUCUGAUGACAGGGACGCCCCUGUCCCAGCAUCCAGGCCCAUGACCAUGACUAUUGCUGUACCGCAGCCGUCGCCUGAAACGCCUGCAAUGCCUUCGAAGCCAGGACCGCACGCGUUGCACGAUCUUCCUGAUAAUGCGCCUGUAUUUAUAUCUAUGGAGGAUGAUUCUUUGUCGCGGAGCCAGUACCGACCGGAUUCGGCAACUGAGAACCUGCCACCCUCUCAGGCUUAUUCAGACAUUCUGGGUCGGGCCGUGACACCCAACUCUGUUCCGCUUGCCGGUGCUGCUUCAGCUGCAGUCUCGAACGUAGUCCAAAACUAUCACUCUAUCGACAAUACUGCGCUUUAUGCCUCGCCCCCGGACGCCUGGGAUCAUGAUGCGGCACCCCCAGAAUUGGACGUGGAGGGCAAUUAUAUCAAAUAUAGCUCCGACUUCAAGAAUGAUAUGACGGUCCCUGCGUCAGUUACGGCCAAUCAUCCCAUUAACCCUAAAUCGGGUGUAUUCUACUUUGAGAUUACGAUUGACCAGUUCAAAGGCAGCGCCAUCAGUGUCGGUAUUGCCAGCAAGUCCCUGCGCAAGAAUUGUCAAGUUGGUAAAGUCCUGUUGCAGCAGAUGGUGUUCUCUUUCUCUUUUUUUUCUCUUUCUUUAUAUGCUGACGAACAGAUAUGGUACUCUGACAACAACAACAACAACAACAACAACAACAACAACAACAAACGAUAGGAUGGGACCUGAACUCGUGGGGCUAUCACAGCAACGAUGGAUGCCUGUAUUUCGGCAACGGUAAGCAAACGAUUGAGUUUGC